AUGUAUCAAAUAAUCACAGAAGCAGAUGAUUUAAUGAAAGACUUGAAGAAAAACGUGUCUGGGCAUAAUCUAUUAAAUGAUUAUCAAUGGCUCCAUCAAUUCAAUUUGUUAAUUAGUACUAAUUGUUACAUUGUACCAGAUAGUUUGAAAUAUUUACGUUAUACGGGUUAUUUUAUGGCUGGUUAUAACACAUUCUUAAUGCGUAUACUUCUUAGUGGUAAAUUACCGGUAUCGUUUUUCGCUUGUAUACCAAUAAUAGCAUCACUGAUAUCCGGUUACAUUGAUUCUUCAAACUUGGUUGUAUUAGGGUUUUUCGAAUUUUCUCAAAUCGUUUUAACAAUGAUGAUACUAUCAACAUUUAGCUAUUUGUAUUCUAAAGCAAAAAACCUUGAAGCAAUACGAGACCGCAAUCAUGAACAAUAA